UCCCAUCAUUCACAAACAGUAUGGCUGCCUAGCACGACACUUGCAAUCGUGGAAACGUUUUUUAAUUAAAUCAUUAAAGCACACUUAUUCUAGUUAAAUAUGUCAGCCGUUCUUCUUCUUAAAAACUUGCACGUAACCACUAUACUUUCUGUUCGGGCCGUGCGGCCUGUCUUAAGCAGUUUGUAUCACACCGAAAAAGGGGUAUAUGGAUACAAUCCUCGAGAGUUCGACGUAGACGCGAAGUUGCAGAAGAGUGAUCUUAUCUCCUCACUUAAUCAAGAUCAUGGGCUGGCACGACUGGUGGAAGCAUACAGAGCGCAUGGACACAAGGCUGCUAAAAUUAACCCGCUGCUCCCUGACAAAGCGGUCACGGACAAGGUGCCUGAAAUCAGCAUUUUAAACGAAGCGCUCCAAGGUCCUUUUAACACAAGUGGCUUGCGUCACUUCGGCAAAGCCGAAGCGUCCCUGGAGGAGGUGCUGGCCUACCUGGACCAGACCUACUGCGGGCGGGUGUCCGUGGAGACCAGCCAGCUGCAGAGCCUAGAGGAGAGGGAGUGGUUCGCCGACCGCUUCGAGGAGCUGAAGAAGGAGACGUUAUCCCCCGAGGAGAGGAGGCAGCUGGCCAGACUCAUGCUGGAAUCUCAGGAAUUUGACCACUUUUUGGGUACCAAGUUUGCCACUGUGAAGCGAUAUGGGGGCGAGGGAGCGGAGAGCAUGAUGGGAUUUUUCUACGAGCUCUUCCGCCUGGCGGCCUAUAGUGGAGUGACUGACGUGAUCAUGGGCAUGCCCCACCGCGGGAGGCUCAACCUGCUGACCGGCCUACUGCAGUUUCCACCUGAGCUGAUGUUCCGGAAGAUGCGAGGCCUCAGCGAGUUCCCAGAGAACUCCCCCUCCAUCGGCGACGUCCUCUCCCACCUGACCUCCACCGUGGACCUGGACUUUGGGGCGGGGCACCCCCUGCACGUCACCAUGCUGCCCAACCCCUCCCACCUGGAGGCCAUCAACCCUGUGACCCAGGGGAAGACCCGAGGGAGGCAGCAGGCCAGGCAGGAUGGGGACUACUCCCGCGAGCCCAACGCCCAGCCGGGGGACAAGGUCAUCUGCGUGCAGGUCCAUGGGGAUGCGUCCUUCUCAGGCCAAGGGAUCGUCCCCGAGACUUUCACACUUUCAAACCUCCCCCACUUCAGAGUGGGUGGAAGCAUCCAUCUUAUUGUAAAUAACCAAGUGGGGUACACCACUCCAUCAGAGAGGGGGAGGUCGUCUUUGUACUGCAGCGAUGUUGGUAAGAUGGUGGGCUGUGCUGUGAUCCACGUAAAUGGCGACGAUGCAGAGGAGGUUCUGCGGGCGACCCGGCUGGCCGUGGAGUACCAGCGGCGCUUCCGCAAGGACGUCAUUGUGGACCUGCUCUGCUACCGGCAGUGGGGCCACAACGAGCUGGAUGAGCCUUUCUUCACCAACCCCGCCAUGUACAAGAUCAUCCGCUCCAGGAAGAGCAUCCCGGACACCUACGCCGACCUGCUGAUCGCGGAGGGCCUGAUGACAGAGGCAGAGCGCACUGAGAUCAAGAGCUCCCACUACAGCAUGCUGAACGAGCGGCUGGCCAACAUGACCCUGUACAGCCCGCCCCCCACCAACCUGCAGGGCCGGUGGGGCGACCUGGUGGAGCCACAUGCCCGCAUCACCACCUGGGACACCGGCGUCCCGGCGCCCCUGCUGCAGUUUGUCGGGGCCAAGUCGGUGGAGAUCCCCGAGGGGAUCCAGCUGCACAACCACCUGGUGAAGACACACGUGCAGGCCCGGCUCCAGAAGCUGGAGGAGGGAGCCAAGCUGGACUGGUCUACUGCGGAGGCCAUGGCGUUCGGCUCGCUGCUGUGCCAAGGGUUUAAUAUUCGCAUCAGCGGGCAGGAUGUUGGGCGUGGCACCUUCAGUCAGCGCCAUGCCAUGGUGGUGUGCCAGGACUCUAACGACAUGUACAUCCCCCUCAACCACAUCUUCCCUGAGCAGAAGGGCUUCCUGGAGGUGUGUAACAGUGCCCUGUCGGAGGAGGCCGUGCUCGGGUUCGAGUACGGGAUGAGCAUCGCCCUGCCCAAACUCUUGCCCAUAUGGGAGGCACAGUUCGGGGACUUCUUCAACGGAGCGCAGAUCAUCUUUGACACCUUCAUCUCAGGAGGGGAGGCCAAGUGGCUGCUGCAGUGUGGCAUGGUGAUCCUGCUGCCGCAUGGCUACGACGGGGCGGGGCCCGAGCACUCAUCCUGCCGCAUCGAGCGCUUCUUGCAGAUGUGUGACAGCAAGGAGGAGGGUGUGGACGGGGACAGCGUGAACAUGUCGGUGGUGAACCCCACGACCCCGGCGCAGUACUUCCACCUGCUGCGCCGCCAGAUGAUCCGCAACUUCCGCAAGCCACUCAUCAUGGCCGGGCCCAAGACGCUGCUGCGCUUCCCAGGUGCCGUGUCCAGCCUGGCUGAUAUGGCCCCCGGAACGUCGUUCAGACCUGUGCUGGGUGACCCUUCCGUGACCCCCGCGAGUGUCCAGCGGGUGGUGCUGUGCUCAGGGAAGCACUAUUACGCCCUGCUGAAGCAGAGGGAGGCGUCGGGGGCAGAGCAGAGCGCGGCGCUGAUUCGGCUGGAGGAGCUGUGCCCGUUCCCCCUGGAGGCGCUGCAGCGGGAGCUCAGCCAGUACACCAAUGCCAAAGAGUUUAUUUGGAGCCAGGAGGAGCCCCAGAACAUGGGGGCCUGGUCUUACGUGUCUCCUAGAUUUGAGAAGCAGCUAGCCUGUAAGCUACGAUUGGUCAGCAGGCCGCCCCUCCCUGCCCCGGCAGUGGGCAUUGGAACCAUGCACCACCAGCAGCAGGAGGCUAUCCUGACCGCCACCUUCGCCUGAGGGACCUGCUCUGUAGCGUCCCCUGCUGGACCUCCAAGUGCCUCUACUACAAGAAGGGACUGGAGAACAGCUAAACGGAUAUCUCAAAACCUAAGCACUUAAAGGGGGGGUGAGGGAUAUGAAGAACUAAGUGGGGAAUCGUGCGUAGUCACUGGGAGGAUUUCAGGAGCUGGCUGCGGCCAUCUCUUUAAGACGCUUAGUAAGAAAUUAGAAACGAAAUACUGCAAUCGAAGCAGAAAAGGUUGUGGAUGUUGUCAAAUAUAAGGGCUUGAAACUUUGUCAGGUCAUUAAUCUCUAUCAAAAUACAAAUCUUUGAUCAUACUUUUGAAGAGCAACACAAUCGCUCAACCUGCUUCCAGGAAAACUUAGUCUCUCUACAACAGAAACGAAACAAGACAAUUUUUUCUCUGUUAUACAAAUGGUUUUUCAGUGCCUUGCACAGGCUGUUAGUCAGUUUUCAACGUUGAUGGCGUGAGUCUUCAAAGACCUCCAGCAAAGUGUCAGGGAAACUCCAAUAAUGAAAUAGCAGAACUUUACACUGAGCUUCUUAAGAUAAAGGAAGACAACUGAUAACGUCUGGGUGCUUCACAAAGGACUAAGUCAUCCCAGAGUACUGCUGAGUCUGGAUGGCGUGAUCUCAAUGUCUGAUUUAAUAUUACAAUCAGUCUGCUGGUGGCACUUAUGUUUCUUGAAAAUGGUCAACAGAGUAUUAAACUUAAAACUUGAAAGAUGAUUAAUAGUAGCUUAAAAGUAUUAAAACUUUUCCUUUAAUAUAUUUUUUGAAAAUUUUUUGACUAUUGCUUUCGGUUGUGAGACCCUGAAGGUACAGAAGCAACAGUUAACCCUUAAGCAGCCGAGUUCUUUAAAGGGGAAGGGUCCCCCUCUUCAAUCAGUUUACC